UUCGGAUCUCGUGGCCCGUCAGUGCAGCGCUCAGUUCAUCGCGAAUCUGCACAAAUCAAAUAAUCGAAUAAUUAAAUCACUGAUCGAUAUUACAGAAGUAAUGCGCGUGCAUCUGUGUGUUAAUGUACUUUAAACACAUCUGCAGUUUCAUUUAGUGUGUGUCAGUGGGUCACGUGAUGGCGUCAGGUUCGGAGGCGGUCCACUACAUCCACCUUCAUAACUCCAGUCAGUCGGUGCUGGAAGCGUUGAGAUCUCAGCGACGCAAAGGUCUGUUCUGUGACGUUACCGUGCGCAUCCAUGACGCGUCGCUGCGGGCCCAUGCCUGCGUGUUGGCGGCGGGGAGCCCGUUUUUCCAGGACAAGCUGCUGCUGGGUCACUCUGAGAUCUCGGUGCCGCCGCUGGUUCCGGCUGAGACGGUGAAGCAGCUGGUGGACUUCAUGUACAGCGGCUCGCUGGUGGUGCUGCACUCGCAAGCGCUCUGCAUCCUCACAGCUGCGUCCAUCCUGCAGAUCAAGACAGUCAUCGACGAGUGCACGCAGAUCAUCUCGCAGCGACGCGCAGCGGCUGCUGCUGCUGCUGCUGGAGGGACAGGGCCUCUAGGGGGCGCUCUUCCCAAGCAGGAGGAGGGUGGUGAUGGGAAAGAACGCGAGACCGUGCAGCCGCUGCAGGGCUUCGCUUACGGCAUGCAGGGCAAUUGCGCGUCUGCGGCGGAUAUGGCGGCUGCUCUAAGUGGGGGGGCACCGGGGGAGGGUGGGGCCAUGGGCUCACUGAUGCCCCUUGCUGAGUUAGGUGGGGCGGGGCUGUGUCGAGAGGAGGGCCUGGGUAUGUCAGGGGGUGGGUCCAUGCUGAAGCCGACGAGCUGUUCACAGGAAAUUAACUACAUUUUGAACACGAGCGCUGAAUGCAGUGCAAAUGUCGCCGCUGCAAACGAGCACGCUCAGAUCAUCUCUCCGCCCGGUAUGGGCCGUGGUGGGGGGGUGGAGUACAGUGGCGGGGGGGAGGAGCUAGUGGGGAGCAUGGACCGAUUCAGUGAAGAGGACGAGCGAGAGGGAGAGAGAGAGAGAGAGACAGACAGAGAGCGAGCUGCAGCGCACACACGCAAACAGAGACAGCCUCUCAGACUGCAGGUGUUGGGGGGGGAGGAGGUGGUGGUGAAGAAUGAGGGGGUGCAGGAAGGGGAGGGGCUGUUUGAGAUAGAUGCGAGAGGGAACGCAUCACACCAGCACACCUACGGACAGGGUGGGUUCUAUGAGGAGUCCAGUGUGUUCUCUGGUGGUUUUUGGUCCCAGGCGGAUCCGCAGUCGUCUCUGGGUUCAAACUCUCGCGGUCGAGUCAACAAACCGCUCUCGCCCCCGCCGACAACACAGAGCCUCAGCAACCAGAUGCUUUUCCAGUUUCCUGCCAGCGAAUCACAGUCCUCCUCCUUCUAUGUGGGCGGGCCAAUGGUGAUUGACAACAUGUCUGAUUCAUGUCAGCAGGCCCCGCCCCCUGCCCCGCUGACCCCUGGUCCACCCCCCUCCUCCCCAGCGUGCAUCGCGGGUCCGAGUUUUGCUCCGCAGGGAUCAGAGUCGUUCGACUGCAGCCACUGCGGAAAAUCACUGCGCUCGCGCAAGAACUACAGCAAACACAUGUUCAUCCACUCCGGUCAGAAGCCGCAUCAGUGCAGCAUCUGCUGGCGCUCGUUCUCUCUGCGUGACUAUCUGCUCAAGCACAUGGUGGUGCACACGGGCGUGCGAGCGUUUCAGUGCUCCGUCUGCAGCAAACGCUUCACGCAGAAGAGCUCGCUCAACGUGCACAUGCGCACACACCGCGUGGAGCGCACCUUCACCUGUGGCGUUUGUCACCGCGCAUUCACGCACCGCACGCUGCUCGAGAGACACGUCCUCCAACACCAACACCCCACGCCCACCAUCAAACCGCCCACCAAUCACAUGGAGCCGGGCAAUGGCGGGAUGGGCGGAGCUAGUGGACCGGGUCCCGCCUCUUAAAGGAAAACGAAUGGGCCUGAAUCCCAGGAGCUUUAACACACACAGGAACUGCAGCAGCGGCCUGCGGCGCCUCUUAAAGCCAGAAAACCUCCUAAAACACACAAACCUCAUCGAGCGAUUCACACUAAACACAAACCACACAGUCUGCUGCGUCUGACGCCAGAGACUUGACGUCUUUUUAAUGUUUUACUCCGUUUAUUCAUGUUCUAUUUUGUGUUUAAUUUGGUUUUUUCCAAUGUUUUCAAGGACUCAUCAGAAACCAGACGGACCUCAGGACCAGACGAGUGUGUUUAUUACCUCCAUUUUUAUUUCAUCAACCUCCAUUUGUACAUUUUUUAUCAAGUAUAUGCAUACAUUUUGAUGAUAUUUUUAUGGUGAAAUGAUACGUAAGAGUUUUAUGUUGUGCUGAAAUGUUUUUCUGCAUUAUGGGCUGGAAUAUUCUGCUUUGGUUUCUGUAUCCGCAUGCGCUCGCUUUACGCUGCAUGAAGACGCAUUAAAUGCAUUGUGAUAUUCACAACGUCUUGUCGUGUUUAUUUGUUCAAAUGUGAAUUGCAUGUUAGACGUGUGAUAUGAUGACAUGUUUAUAGAAAUAUAGAUAAAUAUGACAGUGGUCGGUUAACUCUGAUGGUGCUGCUUAAUAUUUUACUAGAGAUGUGCAGUGACAUCCAGAUCAUUUAUGCUUUUCAAGUCUGAUAUUAACGAGUCAAAUAAAUCAAUAUUGGACGAGUUUUUAAAUAUUCAAAUGAAAGUUUACAUCGUUAAUAUAAGGCUAAAUUUUGCUUGAUAUUUUAGGUAUAAAUCCGUAAUAUGUGGAACAUAAUAAUGUUAUUGGCAUAUAAUUUCAUUGAGUACCAAGAUGACCUUCUUAUAUUUGCCUAAAUGUGCAACAGACUCGAUCUGUGCACACGUAAACGUUUUCUUCUCAUUUACUCAAUUUCAUUCAUGAAUAAAUACUUCUAGAUGUAAGAUGAAAUAUAUGCUGUAUGUUAAUGGGUUUAUAAGGA